CCUGGCAAGUUGCAAGUCUUAAUUUAGCGGUGUUUGGUUAGUUUUUCUGGAGCUACUACUGACUGGACAGGAUGAGUAGUUGGACGUUGCAUAUCAAGGAGUUGCAAGGAUCCACAGUGGACAUUUGUCUACCCAACCCCAGCACUGCUUCAGUGUUGGAUGUUAAGACAGCCUACCAUCGCUGUGAGCACACGGUGCCCCCGUAUCAACAGAGACUGGUGUUUGAGAGAACUGAACUGGACGAUGACAAAAUGCUCUCUAGCUAUCCUCAGAUUGAGAAUGGAGCCUCCAUUUUCCUCAUUAGAUUGAUUCCAUUCCAACUGUUUGUGAAGGGAAUGGAUGGCUCCAGCCACACCAUCUCCAUUCCAACAAAGACCCCCGAGCGGUAUCUGGUCUCCCGUCUCAAGAAGCUGAUUGAAGAGAGGACCGGGGUCAGGCCCGAGGAACAGCGACUGCAGUACGGGGGGAAACAGCUGGUCGAUAGUAACACACUCGGAGAUUACAAUCUCACUAGUAAUGCCACCCUUCAUCUCGUAGCUCGUCUUCGUGGGGGGUCUGGAUUCUACGAUAGUGCCGUUAUAAUGGGGUGUGGUCAUUCUAUGCGAAAAUCAGCACUCUACAGCCACUGCAUGAGUGCAGUCAGGAACAAGAAGAGUCUCGUAUCUUGUCCAUUUUGUUACUCUGAGUGGAGUAUGCAAUCGUUGAAAUCCAAGAAUCUCAGUACAGCUCAACUGAACGAGAUAGAGGAGGGGCUAACGAAGAAUUUCUGUCUGAGCAUGCCCGGUGUCAAGUCAUGUGAUCUGUGUGGAAGUGUGUGGAGUGACGGUGUAGUGAGUGGGCGUGUGUGCCCCUCGUGUGUGAGCAAGACGCGUGAUGAUACACAAGCCACUCUCAAAGUUCUAGCAGAAUGUGAGACUAAAACAAUUGGUGAAGCUAUAGCUUGUCCGGCCAUUCGAGGAUGCCCUAACUGUGGCAAGCUGAUUCAUCACACUCAGGAUUGCAGGCGUGUGGAUUGCAAUAGUUGUAGGACAACCUUCUGCUUCAAUUGUCUUAUUAUUCGACCCCCUAACUACGGAGACUAUUACAACUGCCGUACCAACUGCUCGACUGCUCGACGACAGACUGUACUGCCAAGAAAAUAACUUUGGAAACUUUUAAAAUUCUCUAGACGAAUGAAUUGUAGCUAUUGUAUAUAGUGUAAACAUUUUGUGUUAUUGUCCUCAAUUCCAUACGUUUACUACAUUAUCGACCUGUAUUAUUAUUAUUAUUAUUGAGAAUUGUUAAUGCCGUA